UUCCCGGGGGCCCUGAGACCACGUAGUAGCACUGCGCAUGCGUGCAGGCCUGGCCGAGGGUCCAUUUUUGGCGUCGCCCCAAGCCAGGGAGCGACUCUGGGUUUCCCGGUUCCAGCUGGGAGGGGUGGGGGGAAGGUGGACGCUGCCCCCAACCCCACCCCCGGGUCUCCAUCCCUUCCCAGCACGAGGGGAGCUAGCAGUCCCGUUUCCCGAUCUUUCCACCCGGAACCUCCUCGCUGACUCAGUGGCGCCUCAGGCUUCAGGCCGUAGGUCGCGAGGUGGAGGGAUGGCGGGCAAGGCCUGGAGCUGCCCUGAGAUUUUGCAGCCGGCUGCCUGUUGGGCUCUGCUUAGGCCGGAAGUGGAGGGGUUUAGAGGCUGCAAACUUUCCCCGGGCCCCUCCUUGGCGGAGAUGGAACUUCCGCCUGAGUUGAAGACAGGUUUAGAGCCGACUUUUUGCCGUUGUUCUUUACAAGCCACAUUAACUCUCUUGUAGAAGACAGCUUUACAAGGAUCUAGAAGGACCAAAUUUGGGCUCCGGAACUCUGCAGCAACCAGCUUAGAAGGUCAUACAUUCUUCAGGAGCUGAGAAUUCAUAAGUCUGGUCUUCACCGGGAUUUGGAACUUCCCAGUCUCAGAAAAGUUGACCAAGGGACUGCACAGGACUGAGUCCAUAUGGAAGAAGAACUGCCUGGUUUCUAUGGAGAAAGUGGAAAGCCAGUCCAGGCUACCCUGUCAUCCCUGAAGAUGUUGGAUGUGGGGAAGUGGCCAAUCUUUUCCCUUUGUUCUGAGGAAGAGCUGCAGUUGAUUCGUCAGGCCUGUGUCUUCGGCAGUGCUGGCAAUGAAGUUUUAUACACCACAGUCAACGACGAGAUUUUUGUGCUCGGCACAAACUGCAGUGGCUGUUUGGGGGUAGGUGACAUUCAGAGCACCCUUGAGCCCCAGAGACUGGAUUCUUUAACUGGCAAAAAGAUAGCCAGCCUCAGCUACGGGAGUGGCCCACACAUCGUCCUUGCAACAACAGAGCACCCGGCUGCCCAGCUGAGGCGAAAGUCUGUGCUCUGGAAGAGAAGGAUUACAGGUCAGGAGAGCCGGGGGAUUAGGAACUUGGCUCUUGACACUCUCCGCCUCUUGGUUUCUCAGGUUGCCUGUGGCUACGCACACACAUUAGUACUAACAGAUGAAGGUGAAGUGUACGCUUGGGGUGCAAAUUCAUAUGGCCAGCUGGGCACUGGCAAUAAAAGUAACCAGUCCUAUCCUACCCCGGUUGUUGUGGAAAAGGACAGGAUCAUAGAGAUCGCAGCCUGUCACUCUGCCCACACAUCUGCCGCCAAGACCCAGGGUGGGCACGUGUACAUGUGGGGCCAGUGCCGUGGCCAGUCAGUGACCCUUCCCCACCUCACCCACUUCUGCUGCACCGACGAUGUGUUCGCCUGCUUUGCCACCCCUGCCGUCACCUGGCGCCUUCUCUCCGUGGAACCUGAUGACCACCUCACUGUGGCUGAGUCACUGAAGAGGGAAUUUGACAACCCUGACACUGCAGACCUCAAGUUUCUGGUUGAUGGAAAAUACAUUUAUGCUCACAAAGUCCUUCUCAAAAUUAGGUGUGAGCAUUUUCGUUCUUCAUUAGAAGACAGUGAAGAUGAUAUUGUAGAAAUGAGUGAAUUUUCAUAUCCGGUGUUCCGAGCUUUCCUGGAAUACCUAUAUACAGAUAACAUCAGCCUAUCUCCUGAGGAGGCAGUAGGAUUGCUAGAUCUGGCCACAUUUUACAGCGAGACUCGGCUGAAAAAGCUCUGUCAGCAGACCAUCAAGCAGGGCAUCUGUGAGGAGAACGCGAUCGCUCUGCUCUCCGCUGCUGUGAAGUACGACGCUCAGGAUUUAGAAGAGUUCUGCUUCAGAUUUUGUAUAAAUCAUCUGACUGUAGUAACACAGACUUCAGGAUUUGCAGAAAUGGACCAUGAUCUUCUGAAGAACUUCAUCAGCAAAGCCAGCAGAGUUGGAGCCUUUAAGAACUGAUCCCUGAUAUGCAAAGGGAUGUUUAAGCCUUUCCAUGUCACCCCUGCAAAAAGAAAUAAAUAAAACAUUAAAAAAAAUAAAGGCCACUGAUAAACAACUUUUCUGUAAUUAACAGUGUUGAGUUACAUCUGGCCAAAUUCUUACGUUCUGUCAAAAGGUCGGCAGUCAGGCUUCUCCAUCUACCUAACCUGGAGUUUACAGUGGAAGGCUGAGGCUCCACUAGGUGAGACACUCAAGCACUGAAGAUGUACCCGGCCCCACGCCAGUGGAGACCCCCCCUCUCCUCGCAUGUAUUUGUUGUAAAUAGCUUCUUGGUUAGGGUGGAGCUUUGUGUCCACUUCCCCUUCUCCGGCCAGGAGUCUGUCCUGAGCUGGAGCAGGCCUUGUGCCUGCUGUCAAGUCUCUGGUUUCAUGUGCAUUCGCUCUGGUGUGUCAGCGCAGGCCCCAUGCUCAGGCGUAGCUGAGUAGUAUAACUAGAUUCCAUGGCUCCGUCCUUUUAUGUUGUUUUGUUUUGGUAUUUUUUUGUCAUUCUGAUUGGUUAUCUUUUUCUGAGGGUUUUUUUUUGGGGGGGGGUGGUUUUGUUUGUUUUUUUAGAGAAAAGGAACAUUUAGUUGGACAGGCAUUAAAGUUAGGAGGUCCUGGGAGAAGUUUAGAUAAAGAAAGAGUAUAAUGAAGACAUAUGAAAAAUAAAAAAGUACCACUUAAAAAAUGAAAAUGUCAUUAUAGUUACCAUUUCUUCUUUGAGUCACUAAUGAUAUCUUUGAGACAUUGAUACAUUCUUUUCCGGGAAAAUGUUCAUUAUUCAGCUGGCUGAUACACAGGUAAACAAGGAAUGCUGUCACACCCGUAUUUUAGCCUCUAACACAGUGCCUUGUGGAUACAAGGCAUCUAGGUCAUUUACUGUCAACCUGUGGGUGUGCUGUGAACAGCUGGAAGGCUGGGUGAAGGAAUAAAAUUAGAAGUCUAUAACUAACUGAAAUUCACAUUUCAGUUCUUAGUUCUGAGAAGUAGUAGCUAAUUUAGAGCAUUAUUAGAAUUCGCAAAAGGCCUUAACAUUUAAAUUGCCAAAGGCCCAAGGGCUAAUUUUAAUUUUCUACUUUCCAAGUUAUUAAUUUCUCAUAUGGCAUUAUUGAUAUAUUAACUCUGAAUGUUAUUUCUGGAAUCAUCUGCCAUAUGUAAUUGUAUAAAACCCUUUGCUUUUCUUUAUAUUAAGGAGGGUCUUCCUUUAUGUCACUAUAAGACACGUUUCUUAACCUGGUACUAGGGAAUACUACAUGAGAAGGAACUAACACAUUUCAUGGGUAGCACUAAUACGGUGGAGAGAGUUUUUCGACCAUACCCUGUAGCACCAGAGAAGCUAGACAAGAUGCAGUGUUGGAUUCUUCAGUCUCAAUGUUACAUAAAGGAAACAGUUUUGGAAAUAGAAGUCUUAGUCUCAUGUAUCUGAUAAUAAAGUACUUACUUGAAGAUAGAACAAAUUGUCUUUUUAAAUUUUUGAACAACAAAACUAAAGUAUUAACCUUAUGUCUCAUAGGCAUAUAAAAAUCCCUUUUAUGGUCUACUUGUUCUUUUUUUUUUUUUUCAA